GCGGCCCCUCGGCAGCUUCCGGGCUGGCGCAGGGCAUCGCCGCUCCGCUGACCGGCGCCUGGCGGCCGAGCGCCGCGCUCAGGCGCCGCCAUGCGCUUUCGGGCUAAGAUCGUGGAUCUCGCCUGCCUCAACCACUUCAGCCGUGUCAUUAACACGAUCGCCAAGUUAGCCAAGACCUGCACUCUGCGCCUCACUGCCAGCAAGCUGUAUUUCAUCCUCUCCGAUAAAGUAGCGAACGGAGGUGUCAGUAUGUGGUGCGAGCUGUGCCAGGGGAAUUUCUUCGAUGAAUUUCAGAUGGAAGGUGUAGCUACAGACCACAAUGAAAUCUACUUAGAGUUGGUGCCUGAAAACCUUUCAAGAGCAUUAAAAACUGCCCAGAGUGCUAAGACGGUGAAGAUGAAGUUGACAAACAAACACUGCCCCUGUCUCAGAGUUGCUGUGGAGCUACCAUCCUUAUCAAGCAGCAGUAGGGUUGUGACACAUGACAUUCCCGUGGGGGUUAUUCCCAGAAGAUUGUGGAAUGACUUCAGAGAGCCCAGCAUGCCAGACUUUGAUGUCAGUAUUUACCUACCAGUGCUGAAAACAAUGAAGAGUGUUGUGGAGAGAAUGAAGAAUCUCAGCAAUUCCAUUGUGAUUGAGGCAAACUUGAAUGGAGAAAUGAACCUGAAAAUAGAAACUGACUUAGUGUCUGUAACAACACAUUUUAAAGACUUAGGAAAUCCUCCCUGGGCAUCAGAGGAUGGGUGCCCGAGUUCUGCUCCAGACAGAGAUUUGGAAAGUAUGGCUGAGGCACGCAUAGAUAUCAAGAAGCUGCAGCAGCUGCUUGCUGGACAGCAGGUCAACCCCACAAAAGCACUGUGCAAUAUUGUAAGUAAAAGAAUUGUCCACUUCAUCUUGCUCCACGAGGAUGUUUCACUUCAGUAUUUUAUUCCAGCACUUGCCUGAAUGUUUUGGAAUGUAGGUUGUUUUCCAAGCAGAAGCCUUUUCCACGAUGCCUGACAACUUGGAGUCAUUGGGGAACUGGUGUGGUGAUAUGCAGCCAUCAGAUGGACAGUACUUCUGUAUUUAUGAAACUGCUGAGAUGUCCUCAUCUGGAAAGCCAUUUCUGUGAAGAGUUACACCCUAUGAAGCAUGCAGUGCUGGGAAGCUGACAUGCAAUGCAUGAGCCUUACAGGGGGCAAAGCUGAUAUUUUUAUGUGCUUUUGGGAUGUUUUGAGCUGCAGGGAAGCAAUGUAAUGCCGUCUAUUUCGUUGCCAAGAAAGGUAGAAUUGAUGCCUGGAGCUUCUGCUGAGUGUACUCAGGUCCAAGAUAGGGGAUCUCUGAGCAACCUUUUAUACCUCCAUGGAGCAGGAAAGCCCUCUGGAGGGCUAGCAGAUUGGUGUUUGCCUGGACAGGUAAGCACAGACUUUCUGAAGUGGUACUGGAUUGCCUUCUGUUCCAUCAGUGAUAUAUAUGAACAGAAUGUUGCUGCUGCAUCAGCAGAAAUGUGUCUGAGGCAGAGAAGCUUCUUGUGGCUGCCAGCAUGGCACAGCAUUGAACAAAUGUCAAGGAACAGCACCUGUUUGUAGCUGGUUUUAUUGUUUGAUCUCAUUUGUUCCAACAUACUUCACUAUCUGUUAAUACUUGAACUUGUUGUGUGCUUAGCUCUUGGCCUGAGAGGAGGAGAUAAACAAUCUGAAUUACCUCGUUCAUGUGGGCAGUGAAAAUCUCCAUGUACAGAAUGAAUGUCCUGUGAGGAUGUGUGAACACAGUAGUUGGAGUGACAUACACAGGGCACAUUUUCUGUGCAUCACAUUUUUCUGUCUCUGGAUGGAAAGCAUUGUACAACCUGUGUCAUCAUGGCACCAGACAUGGAGAGAGUGCAGCUAGGCCCUGAUACUGAGCAGCCAAGAGCAUGACCUAAAGUCUCACUGCCAGGAGUAGUGCCCCUGCUCCUACUUUCUGGUUAUGUUCUGAGGUGCUUUCCUUCUCAUUCCAGCUGUGACUGUACUUGUUACUUGGCAGUGUUCUUUUAGCCUUCAGUGUUUUAAGUAUCUUGUCAAACUUCUUGUUUUGGAAAUGAUCUUUGCUGCCAAAUGGGUCCAGGAGUUUCUGCUAGACUAUUGCCUAGCUCUUGUUGCAAGGAGUGUUGGGUUUGGAGGUUUUGGUUUUCUUUUUCAGGGGAUAUUGAGCUUAAUGGAGCAAUUAACUCUUUCUGUUCUUGCAGGUGCAAGUGGUCAAGAGAAGGAUGAAGGAGAAACAGUGGCCUGAAAAUGUUAUGCUUCUGUGCCUUCUUCCACCAUUUCUAUCAGACUAAACAGAAAGCAUCCUCAAAACCCUGUUGGUUUAGACUGGCACCUGCAUUUGCACACAAAGUCUGUGUGAGGUGAAAACAGCUGUAAAGCAGGUUACAGUAAUGGCAGGGUAAGAGAUGUGUGGGAAAUAGUCCUGGGUUUUCUCCUGAGGAGAAGGGAAAGCUGCAGAGUAUGGUACAGAGCACACACUGUGAAUGUAGUUUGUUCUCCUUUGAGAAAUGCCUUCUGCCUAAGCUGAUAGAAAUGGCUUCUGCUGGUGUAGCAGAAGAGCUAGGAAUAAUGGCUCUUGGCUAUGGGGGCUCUGCUAGUGUUGAAAGAAGUUACAAGUGCCAGAGGAGGUGUUGGGGGUCUGUUUCUUUCAUACAAAAUAAAUAAAAGUGGGAGCCUUGAAAGGCUCCAGAGAAGAA